GACCUUUGUAGCAAUAACUUCUCUGUUUCAACACUUGGUUUCUCUUCUUGAAAUACAAGAUUGGUAACCAUGGUUACCUUCAAUCGAAUUGCCCUUACUGUUCUGGCUGUUGGUGGCUCUGCCGUAGAGGCAAAGCCUGCUGCCGCGGCUUCUUCAACCUUGUUUGAGCUCUCCGAUUUUAAGCCCGGCGUGGAAUGGGAAAUUGUCCUACACCAGCCUAUUAAGCACGAUACCGUUGCCGAUUUGAUCCCGUCCAAAGCCAAAGUCUGGGACAUUGAUAUGGGACAUGGCCGCGAUUAUCCAGAGAUGAUUCCCCUGCUCAAGGGUGCUGGAAAGUUCGUGAUCUGCUACUUCAACGCCGGAGCUCUUCAGUCAUGGGACAAGGAUAUCAAACAAUUUCCCAAGGCCGUUAUUGGUCAUUCCUUGGCCUAUCCUUAUGACAGUGAGGAGUGGUACCUCGACAUCCGUGACUCAACUGUGCUCAAGCUUCAGAAAGCACGCCUUGACGUUGCUGCAAAGAUUGGAUGCGAUGCAGUGGACCCUGACAACGUCGACGCUUGGCAGCAGGAUGGCGAGGACCCUACAGGCUUCAAACUGAAGCCAUCCGACUACACCAAAUACCUCAAGAACCUCGCAGAGUACGCCCACUCAAUCAAGACCAAGGAUGGUAACCGUCUUCUCGUGGGCCAGAAGAAUGCACCCGAAAUUUCUGAGGACCUUGUCUCAACCCUUGACUUCGCUGUUCUCGAGUCCUGCCGCGGCACUACGGAUCCUGACGAGGAGAACUGGCCAUUCUGUGAGGACUUCCAAACCUACAUCGACGCUGGCAAGCCCGUACUCCAGAUAGAGUAUCCUCCUUCUGUUGAGAAAACCGGUAAGCUCAGCUCGUCCGACAAUACAUACUACUGCACCCCCAAGGACGAGGAUAAGGGUUUCAGCAAAAUCUUGAAGUGGGCUUCUGCUCAACUUGACGGUUGGGGUCAGUUCUGUGGCGAGGAUCCUUUCCGCACUCCUGUCAUCAAUGAGUAGAGCCAUUCAUGGACAAGAAGGUUUUC